AAUGACAGGAGAAUAGUUAUUGUAAAGGAAAUUCCUCGGAAAACUGGGUUGAUUACACUAUUGUCAUAUAUAUGUGGAGGACCACUUGAACGUAUUGUUAAAAACAUGUAUCCAAUAAAUUCAGUGGAAUUACAUUACAUGUAUUCUAAAGACGCUGAAAGCUUUAUGAAGUAUAGUCAAACUGGUUUGUUUGUUGUUAGUGGGCGCCAUUUAAAAACAGAAUGGGCUAGUAGGGAUGAUCACAAUCUCGAAGACCACAACUAUUCUUAUCAUGCAACAAUUCCCAGUCCAUUGUUAGAACAACUAAAAUUUGGUGCCAGAAGAUGCUUAAUUCUCAAAAAAGAAGUCAAUCAUGGAGGUUCUUCUACUUCUACUCGUCAUUAUCCAUCACCAAGAAGCCAUUUUUCGGAAUUAGAUAUCAAGGAAAUCAAAGAAGAUUUUGGUAGAUUUGGAUCAAUGGUUGAAGUUGUGCCAAUUAUCUCUAAAAAAUUGGGUCUUUCGAUAAAUUAUUUUGAUGUGAGAUCAGCCAUAUUGGCCAAGGAGGCCUUUGAUAAUAAAAACUCAUCGUUUAGAAGAAAAUAUUAUGAUUGGAACGUAUGGUUUGGUAAGGAUCCAACAGAUAAAAGUUGUAUUCCACUUUGA